AGCUGUCAGAAAGUGAGUUCAUUCCCCCGAGCCAAGGAGACGGAGCGCCGUCGACAGCUUUUUACCCUUCCGUUGGUACGUAGCGCUCCGAGUCUGCGAGGGAACGGACAAACCUUUCCCCGAGCCCGGCCAUGGACGAGCAGGCGGGGCCCGGCGUGUUCUUCAACAACAAUAACAACUCUGUUUUACCCGGCGGUGGGAAAGGACCGCUGCCUGACGGCGACGCUGGGGAGGCGGCGAGGGCGCAGUACAGUAUCCCGGGGAUCUUGCACUUCCUGCAGCACGAAUGGGCCCGUUUCGAAGUAGAGAGAGCACAAUGGGAGGUAGAACGCGCCGAACUGCAGGCUCAAAUCGCCUUUCUGCAGGGGGAGAGGAAGGGCCAGGAGAACUUGAAGAAAGACCUUGUGAGGAGGAUCAAAAUGCUGGAGUACGCGCUAAAACAGGAGAGAGCAAAGUACCACAAGUUAAAAUAUGGGACAGAGUUAAAUCAGGGUGACAUGAAGCCUCCAAGCUACGACUCUGAUGAGGCCAAUGAGAACGAGACGUCUGGAUCGCUCAACAAUCAGCUGUCCUGGAAACAAGGCCGUCAGCUCCUCAGACAGUACCUGCAGGAGGUGGGCUACACAGACACCAUCUUAGACGUGAAGUCUCAACGUGUCCGAGCACUGCUUGGACUAGCGGGCGACGGAGGCGGUAAGACGGGUGAAAGAACCGGUUCUGAUCUUCUGGUCAAUGGAACAGACACGACAAAAAGCAUGGGGAGCAGAGGGAAAGCUGAGCUUUCUGACACCAGUGCUGUGCUGGAGGCCUUCAAGUUCAUUGAGAAUGCAGCAGCUGAAUUUAGUGAUGAAGAUGAGGAUGAGGACAGUGAGGGAAAGGACCGGACUCACGUGGAAUCCAGGACGAUCAUGAGGAAGAAGCCUCCAUCAUCUUCAUCUCCUGCUAAUAUGGACACCAGUGAGGAUCCUGACGCAGAGGAGGCACUGAAGGGCUUUGAUUUUCUGUCCAGCACCGACGAGAUGGACACCUCACCGGAGUCCAGAGGCACUGGGGACGGCACAGACUGGGAGAAGGACGAGCAAGGUCCCAUUUCUGAGGCCUGGGACGUGGACCCGGGCCUGAUAACCAAACUCAAGGAGCAGUACAAAAAGGAGCGCAAGGGGAAAAAGGGGGUGAAGAGGCCAAACCGGUCCAAACUGCAGGACAUGUUGGCCAACCUGAGAGAUGCAGAGGACUUGUCCCACAUGCAACCCCCAUCGACCCCUCAGUCCCGCCCCAACGUGGUCCGCUUCAACGAGCACGACGGGACCCGGACCGAUGAAGUUGAGGCGCUGACCUUCCCACCCACCUCAGGGAAGUCAUUCAUCAUGGGCACAGAUGAAGCUAUGGAGAGCGAGCUGGGACUGGGGGAGCUGGCUGGACUCACCGUGGCAAACGAGGCCGACAGCCUUGGAUACGAUAUUGGCAACAACAAGGAUGCCAUGAGAAAGACGUGGAACCCCAAAUUCACCCUGCGUAGCCAUUUCGAUGGGAUUCGUGGUCUGACGUUUCAUCCCGUCGAGCCGGUUCUCAUCACAGCUUCAGAGGACCACACCCUCAAGAUGUGGAACCUGCAAAAAACUGCUCCUGCCAAAAAGAGUACAUCUUUAGAUGUGGAACCAAUCUACACUUUCAGGGCCCACAGGGGGGCUGUACUGAGUGUUGUAAUGAGCAAUACAGGGGAACAGUGUUUCAGUGGAGGUGUUGACGGGACUAUACAGUGCUGGAACACCCCCAGUCCCAACAUCGACUCCUACGACUCCUAUGACCCGUCGGUGCUACGUGGAGCACUGACUGGACACACUGACUCAGUUUGGGGUCUGGUGUACAGCAGCGCACACCAGCGCCUCCUUUCCUGCUCUGCAGAUGGGACCGUGAGAUUAUGGGACCCGAACACCACCUCCCCUGCUCUUGCAGUGUUCAAUGAAAACAAAAAACUAGGAGUUCCCUCCUCUGUAGACUUGGUCUGCAGUGAUCCAGCCCACUUGGUCACAUCAUUCACAAAUGGAGAGAUCGGCUUGUUUAACAUGGAAACGCGCCAGAUGGUUCUCAGCCUGGAGUCAAAUACAGAGCCAGGCACUCCCUGUCAGAUCAAUAAGGUCCUCAGCCACCCGACUCUUCCCAUCACCAUCACAGCACAAGAGGACAGACACAUCAAGUUCUUUGACAACAACAGCGGGAAACUAAUUCACUCCAUGGUGGCUCACCUUGAUGCUGUCACCAGCUUAGCUGUCGAUCCUAAUGGACUUUAUCUCAUGUCAGGCAGUCACGAUUGCUCUAUUCGCCUCUGGAACCUUGAGAGCAAAACCUGCAUCCAGGAGUUCACAGUUCAUAGGAAGAAGUUCGAGGAGUCGAUCCACGAUGUAGCUUUUCACCCGACUAAAUGUUACAUCGCCAGCGCCGGAGCAGACGCUCUUGCAAAGGUGUUCGUAUGACGCGGAGCUGUGUCUGUCCCUGCAGCCCAGCUCUCUGAUUCAGCCUCCCAUCAUAAGGGACCAAUGGAGACACAGCAGGGGAAAGACCUUCAGCCACAGGUCCAGUCCCACCUCACACAGCCCACUGGUUUCCUGUCGGACUGGCAGACUAUGUAGCCACUAGCCCCAAACGGGCUGUGACUCUCCAUAUAAAAGGGUCAGCAGGGAGGCCAGUCAGCAGAACUGCUCCCCUGCCCCCCCCUCCCUUCACCCAUCCAGGCAGGCCCUGGUGUGACCGGCCACAGCGCCCCUGAAGACAGACUCCAACUCAACCCUCAUAGCAAGGAGGCUCAGGACAAGUGUUAGAAGCGUGGAGUAGAGAAACGUGGUUUUCUUUCCCUGGGACCCUCCGAAUCCCUCAGGCCCUCGCUCUCCCCCUCAGACACGAGGCCCACGCCCUUUACUCCAAGUCAGGUUUUCGUGUUGUAUUGUUCCAGAUAGCUGGGGUACUGAAGGCUUGCUGGAGCUGUCGCGGAAGCCUCUUUCCUCCUCCUCCUCCUCUGCUUCCCAGACUGACUCUGCUUGCUAGCCUGCCUUUGUUUUCCUUUUUAAAACACGUAUUGACAAAUGUGCCUUUGCUUUAAAAAGGUCUUGAAAAAUGUUAUUUUAACAAGCUUGUUUUGGGGAACAGGGAGGGACGGGAUGGCGGAGAAACGGAGCCGGUUGUCACAAUGUUGUCGAUUUUAACAUUGGAUGUAAAAUUACAAAUGCUUAUAAUAAACAAAAUAUAUAUUCAGUCUUAAGAUUUACUGUGCAGCGUGAGUUUGAGUGGUCCUUUUUGAUAAGUGUGGUUGGGGAAUCAAUUUUGUGCAUUUCAAGGCAAAGCUGGUAGAUACAGACCAUUAAAUAUAAUGCCUGUUUGUUAGAUUCAAGUAAUUGUACACUUCAGAAGUAAAUUACAAACCUAUGUGUCCAAAGUAAACCAUCUUGGUUAUAUAAAUACAAUUCAAACUUGGUUGUAGAUGUCCAUGUUAGGAAUCACUGACUUUGGCCAGUUUGCUCUUGUUUGAAUUGAAUGGCUUGUACUGUAUGUAGUUAUUUUUUCCCCCCACUUGUGUGGACGCGCUUGACUACAAUGUGAUGUAUCAUGUCCAGAUAUUUACAGUAGUCUGACGUUUAGCAGGACAUUAGUGCAGUACUGUAGGAGUUAACCAUCUGUCACUGAGGGAGCAGGCGUCCUGCAAAUGCCAGUUUACAGUAAGCAGCGAGGAGGGAACGAGUGUGGGUUUAAGGAACGAAUCUAUCGAGAUGUUGUACAUGUACAGCUUCCAAUGAGCCAUUUUCUCAGUCACUGGUUUGUAUAUGAAACAUGUUCAAAUAAAACCUGCUGUAAAAAGUU